AUGAAAGAAGUCUCUAGUAGUGGAUUGUGUCUACAAGUUGCUUCAGAUCUACUCCAACUAACAAGUCGUGAUCAAACUUAUUCACUGGAGUUAGAACUCGACACUACUAUAAACAUAGAAACUACCACAGCUGAAUUUAAUCGCCGCACAAAAAGUAUAGGUGCUGCGUCGAAGAAACUUUAA